UGGCUGAUAGAGAUGUGGCUUAAAAAUUCAACUCCUUGUUAUGAGAAAAGUUUUUGGACCAAAAGUUGUUCAAGUAGAAAAAGGAUGUGUUGACUUUCGCGCCAACUUUUGGGUUCAAUUUGUUUUGCUGAUAACGGGUAGAAUUAAAUCAACGUAGGAGGCAAGACGCCUCUGGUGGCCAACUUUUUAUGGCCAAUAGAAACUGUUACCACUAUGUGUCUUUUCCAGUCCUAUACAAGCUUGGAGCUUUAUAAUUUUCCCAGCUAUUCAGAGAAGAGAGUGAUGGCAUCCUUUGCGCAGGUGCAGUGGAACAUCUGCGGCAACAGCUGUUCGCUUGGCACGUGGACUGCAGGAUGGCGCCAAAGGGAUAAUGGGAGAGAAUGUCCUGCCGGCGAGGCGAGGACCAAGAGAGCGCCAGCGAGAGAAUCCCCCGCAAAAUCACAGCUGUCAAGUGUCAGAGGGAGCUGAUGCUGGCUUUUCGGUUUUCGGUUUUCGGUUCAGUUUUCAGUUCAGUUCGUGAGGCGCUGGCUGAGCAAAAACGUCACAUUCACGGGUGUCGCUCGAUUUGAAAACCAUCUACGUAAAACGUGCGCAAAACGGGCCAAAGACUCAAUGUUUGAGAUUUCUAUGCAAAUAUUGGCCAAAUAGUGAAAAGUGUUACGAUAUACAUACGAGUAUUUAGGGCCCAAAGGAGGGGGCGAUUUUUGUGCGUGAAAGUGACAGCUGAUGGUAAUAAACGGCCAGCAUAGGAAACGGUUGAAAUUUAUUGUUAUUACAAAAUACGCCGCCCUAUGCUAAAUCAAUAAACAAGUUUGUGAGCUGAAGUCGAGCUGGAAACCCUUCAAAAGAUUACAAAACAAAAAAAAAAAAAGAAACCCUCAAAAACAGUCAGGGACAUAACUAUAAGCGCGAUUGCAAACAAAGUGAGUGAGCCAAAAAGCCGGCCACACAAAAAGCCGGAGAAAAGAAGCCAAGCCAAGACAAGACUGGCAGGCCAGGCCAGGCCUCUUCUCGUGUUGUUAUUGUCAAAACGGGGUCAAAAGUUCGUGUCUCGCUCGCUAAUUCAACCGCACUCACACCAACACAUACUCCUACACAGAUACUCCAGAGAUACGGCCAUAGUACAUAUAUCUGUAUCUCGGUGCAACUGUAUCUCAAGUGCAAGCGAAAACGCAAAGACAGAGAGUCGCCCGUCUGGGCCAAACAGCGGCAGACAAAAGCAUUAGGAAAGUGCCAAGCAACCGAGACUGCAGCCACUGCAGGCCAGGCCUAAGACAGCCCCAGACUGGGCCAAACUGGGCCAAUUCGCGGGCGCAAAGAUAUAGAAAUAGAAAUAAAAGUAAAACAAUAGCAGCUAGCUCCCCGGCCAUUUGUCAAUGACUUGGCCACUCGCGUGACUUCCGGUGCCGAUGCCCGUUUUCGUGUCGUGCCUGCCAAACCGGGCUAAAGUGGAAUAACUAGAAUAGAGAGAAGCAGACUCCGGACUCCGGACUAUAAGGACUAUUUCUGAAUCCGCCUCCACGGCCGCAUUUUGUCUACGGGAAAGCCAAACGGCAAGCGAAUAAGUUCCUUUUGUCUGCGCCAGCGACUGGGCCACUGCUCUGGCAAUUGGCCAAGUUAAUAGAGAGCCGGGAGGCCCGAUAAUGACGUUGGUGCUGCCGCUGCAGCUGCUGCCUUCCAUGCUGAUGAUGAUGCUGCUAACUUGGUUAUUGCUGCCAGCAUAAACGCAAAGGCACAACCAGAAGCCACAGCAAAAGCAAAAGCAGAAACAAAAACGAAAAACAAAAACCAGCAAACAGAAACAAAAAUCAGAGGGCCAGAAACCAGAAGAGCUGCAACGCCCUCGACCGGAGCAGGCUUACUGCAUUUCCGCUUCUUGUUCCUGUCGCCGUCAUCGUUUUCCAUUUCCCGGGCAAGGAGCCGGAGCCGGAGCCGAAGCCGAAGCCGGGCAGCCAUGGCACUCCACAUGGCUCACAGCAUCAGCGUCAGCGUCCUCGUCCUCGUCGUGAUUGUGAUGAGCGACAUGACAAAUGCCGGUGUGCAAGGACCCAUCGAGGGAUACAAUUCGCUGGACGAGCUACUGACAACCACACAGUCACAGUCGGCGGGGCAGGCGGCCCUCUUCCAGCCCACCACGCCCACCGCCGCCUACACGCACCCCAAGUGGAUGGAGCCUUACUUCGAUCCCUCGACUCCGCGCAAUGUCACCGCCCUAAUGGGCAAGUCGGCCUACCUGAGCUGCCGUGUGCGCAAUUUGGCCAACAAAACGGUAUCCUGGAUCCGGCAUCGCGACAUACACAUCCUGACCGUCGGCUCGUACACCUACACCUCGGACCAGAGGUUCCAGGCCACCCACCACCAGGACACUGACGACUGGACCCUCCAGAUAAAGUGGGCCCAGAAGCGGGACGCCGGGAUGUACGAGUGCCAGAUAUCGACGCAGCCGGUCCGCAGCUAUUUCGUUCGCCUCAAUGUAGUCGUGCCAACGGCCACCAUCCUGGGAGGUCCUGACCUUCACGUUGAUAAAGGCAGCACCAUAAAUCUCACUUGCACUGUAAAGUUCAGCCCCGAGCCACCGGCCUACAUCUUCUGGUAUCAUCACGAGGAGGUCAUUAAUUAUGAUUCAUCAAGAGGCGGCGUGUCGGUAAUUACCGAAAAGGGCGAUGUGACAACCUCGUUUCUCCUCAUACAGAAUGCAGAUCUGGCCGAUUCUGGCAAAUAUUCCUGUGCGCCCUCCAAUGCAGAUGUUGCCAGUGUGCGUGUGCAUGUCCUAAAUGUUCGGGCCAUAAUUUCAGGUGAACAUCCGGAGGCAAUGCAAACUGGUUCAUCCGGUUGUCAGUACAAUUGGCUGACAAUUGUCCUGCUGCUGGGCCUCGUCCUGUGCUACAGUCAACAAUGCUCGGCCGCUGUUGCCGCCGCCACUCUGCCAUCGCCAGGACCACCGUCGACGAGUGAAAGUGCCGCCAAUGAAAGUGCCGUCACGGCGCGAAAGCGAUGUCCUGCGGUCGCCAUUUGUCGCCAAGCCACAGUGCAUGUCCGGGCCAAAAGGUCCUGUCACAGAUGAUCGAACAAAGGACGUCCAGCCAGCAAGUCAGUAGAGUAAUUUAACCAGCCACAUGAAAUGUGUGCCAGCGUGUGUGUCAGACCGAGUGAGUGGAUGUGGUGUGUCAGUUCUAAACUAUUAAUCAAAACAUAGGCAAUGCCAAGCAAUGGCUCAAUUGAGACGUCUAACUUUAUGUGUUUUAUAAUUCAUUAAAACGUUAUCAUCUUUCCUUGAAUAUUAUAUUUAUUCUGUAUGAUUUUUAUUUUCUGUCUGAUGCAAUUGUGUUUGCAUCUUCAUUAAUUCAGUUAAUUGAUACAUUUAUUUCAUUGUGACUUUUUCAAAACUAUUUCCUUCCAUCCCAAGCCAUUGUGGAAGCAUUGCAUUUAUACAUACUCGUAAAAAUAACUUUUGUAAGCUAAUUGAUUACAAUUUAAUGUGUAUAUUUAAACAAAAUCAAAAUUUACUAUAGGCUACGUGUAAAUAAUAAGUUUAAACAUAAUUACGGAAUAAACGAAACAAAAAAUAAUGUAUCACCCAUACUGUAGGAAGGAGUAAUCAUUGUGGCCAGCGGGGCUGACUCUUUUAAUAAAUUAAUGAAUAAUCAAAUAUUAUGCCGUGUACAGUGCUAGUGUCGAGCUCAAUAUUCCAUAAUUAGAUAAAAACGUAGACAAGCCAAAUAGCAACCAAAUGAAAACAGCAGUGAGUCAUAAAACAUUUAAAUUGAUUGCCAUAUCAUGCAAAUAUUUGCACUGCGCCAUUUUCCACUGGAAAUUUAUAUUUUAUUUACCCGCAAGAAAAAACACAAUUAGUUUAAUUUUUUAUAAGUAUGCAUUUCAUGAUGUCGCUUUAUAAUUUAAUGUAAGCAUUGAUUGGAAAAUUCAUUACGUUUUCCUCAAAAAUGUCUGUCUAAAGUUUUUGUCACUUGGAACAACAAUAACAUUAAGUAACUGAAAUAGCAUAAUAAUUAAAAAUGUAAUUUUUUUAUUCGUGUGCCGCCCACUGUGACUAUAUUUUAAAUUUUAAUUACAUUAAAUGGCUAACCAGAGAAACGCAUAAAUGGUUUAAUUAAGCAAUGAAAUGUGAACAAUUCAGAAAUCGAUUUGAUUUCAUCCACGUUGGCUAAAUGAAAAUAGCAAAAACCUUGAUGUACCGCAAAUUUCACGUUUCACAGUAUUUCUAAUUAUAAAAAAACAUUUUCUGGCACUUAAAUAACAGUUGUUGGUCAAAUCAAUUCAUAAAAACCUAUUGGCUUCGUUUUGGCCAAUUAAAAACUGCGCCCAGGGUUUUUCAUCCGUUCUAUAGCCACAAACAUUAUUCUGAAUUAUGUAUUUUAAUUUUCUUUGGUGGAAAAAACUAAUUGUAAUCAUUUUGUUGAGCUGCAACGCAAAUUUAAUCAUAAGCCGAAAAUUAUAUCAUAAAAGAUAAUGCCCACCAUGUUGAAAAGUUGGUUUCCGCAAUUAAAGUUUUAAGCAUCCGAAAUGGCUAUGAAUUGUUUACUUAUCCCUAAUCUAUUUUCUUUGAAUUUGUGAUUACUGAUUACUGCCAAGCUCCCACUUGUUAAUGCGAAAUCGAGAUUAAACCAAAUCGAGAUGCAUUUAACUAAUCAAAAUAUAUGCAGCCAGCCACAGGGUUGAAGUGUGAAUACCUACAUAUGCCAGUUAAUUUAGCAUUCCAGCUCAAUGGAAUGCUAAUGCCAUAAGCCCACAAGCAUUUCCCAUAAACCCUUAAAGAGUUCACAAACCCAUACAUAUAUAAUCGUAGGAGCUAAGUAAUUCCUGUAUAUUAAAGUUAAUUAGUGAAGCUCUAGAUGUAUGCAUUAGUCAUGUACUAUAUGGACACUUGAAUUCUUGCUAUAGUUAAAUAGUUGUAACAAAGCAAUCGAACUGUAUAAAACGAACUACUUUUAACUGUUGAACUUAAACUAACGAUAAAUGGUAAACUAGAGAAACAUAAAUAUAUGACAUCAUAAAGCAAACUAGCGAGGCAUUACAAUAAUAAACAAAUAGCAAAAAUAACAAAAGGCCGAAACAGGACAGGAGAAUAAAAUGCAUUGUUGUUUGUCUUUUGUGCAGUGAUUGUUGCCGCAAUAUUGUGUGACGACAACAACACUCUAAAUCAUAACAAACAGGCGAAGAGCAAAAAGCGAUACGAUUAAAAUUUUUUAUUUAAAAAUUAA